AUGCAACAUUUAUCCACUGCCAACUCAAUUGUUUUAACACCAAAGUUUAACUUGCAAAACCAUUUUCCUUGUCUUUCAACUUCUAAACAGAUACAUGUAAACCUCAUUAAUUUAAAAAGAGUUGUCAGCUCACUGUUGCGUAAAAAUGUCUACGCUGAUAAACUUGUCCGUUACGUUUGGCGUUUCGACUCGAAGCAUAAGAAUACAUAA